AUGGAAAGAGCUACGAGAAAAGAUUAUAUGAAAUCAAGAAGUAAGCGUGAGAUAAGCAAUAGUGAAAUACCACAAAAAGAUAAUAAUCAUCGAUUUGUUGACAACAAAGAUAUUAUUAUAAAUAAUGAAACAAAACUGGAAAUGCCACUUGCUGCAUGUCAACAAUAUUUCGUCCUUGGUACUAUAAUUCCAUAUGAAGUGAUUUUGUUAAUGUCAAAAUUAAUUUUCAAAGUACCAUCAUUCAAUAAUUUAUUUAAUAUGCGUACAAUGCAACGAUUAUGUGCCAUCGAUUCAAUCAUUGAUAGUGAAAUUAGUUUGAAUAAUUUAAAUGCAAUAAAUCUAAAACGUUUACCAUUUUCUUUUAAUCUUCCAUAUUAUACAAUGUGUUUAAAUAUGGAUAAACCAUCAAAUUCAUGCUCGUUGCUUGAUUCUGAUUACAUUGAAAUGUUCAAAUCGCUUGUUUUAACAUGUCAAACUGAUGAGUCAGCAAUUCAAUGUCAAUUACCUAUUGCUAAACAACUUUCCAAUAUAAUUUUUCAAAAGAGUAAUGGUCCAAUCGAUGUUAAUAAACCAUUUUACUUUGCUGUUGUUUUGCCGAUCAUUCAAUCAAAUGAUGGCUAUUCAAAUCUUCAUUUUUAUUCAAAUUUACUUGAAAAACUUCAACAAGAUUACAAUGAUAAUGAAUUGAAAUUAGUUGGAGCGCAAUUUGGUGUUAAAGAAGGAUUAUUUGUGCAAGAACUUCGAAGUGAUGUACGACUUGGUGUAAUUGCAAUUAUUUUGGUUGUACUUAUCAUACUGAUAUAUACUGAUAGCUUUUUUAUCACAUUUUGUAUCACUGCUAGCUUACUAUUAUCAAUUGGUGUCGCAUUCUUCGUUUAUACGGUAAUUCUUGGGAUUAAAUUUUUUCCAUUUUUAAAUUUACUUGCGAUGAUACUUGUUGUUGCUGUUGGUGCUGAUGAUGCUUUCCUCUUUGUGUAUCAAUAUAAGAAACAUAGAGCGGAUGCUAGAAAAACCUGGUCACCAAUGUUAUUAAAUUGUGAUGCAAAUAAUACAAAGGAGGAAAAUUCUGAUAAGGAAGAGUUAAUGGAAUAUCAUCGUAAACAGGUGAUAUCAGGUUUAAAUGAUGCAUUAUCACACAGUGCAAUUUCAAUGUUUGUCACAUCAGCAACCACUGCUGUCGCAUUUUUUGCUAAUCUUGCAUCAGAGAUUGUGGUUCUUAGAUGCUUUGGUAUAUACGCUGGUACAUUAAUGCUAAUUAAUUAUAUAUUAGUAAUUAUAAUAUUACCUGCUUCAAUUAUUGUCACUGAUACAGGUGUUAAAACAUUUACCACUUCGAAAUUCUUUAUUUCAAGAUUAAAAUAUCGAAUUGCUUCAUUCUGGCAUAAUGCUGCAACAAAUUUUGAUAAAAUGUUUAAUAGAUUAAUUCCACAAAUUGUAUAUAUUAUUCGAUUACCACUAAUACUACUAACAUUUAUUGUAUUUGCACUAUCAAUUUAUGCAAUUGCUAAAAAACCUGGAAUUCGAUUACCGGAACGAAACUCAAUUCAGUUUUUACGUUCAAAUCAUCCAUAUGAAUGGUUCGAUGAAAAUGCUGCGACAUUAUUUGAUUUUUCGAUUGGUCAACAGCCAAAAAUGAAUGUUGUUGCUGUUUGGGGCAUUAAGCCAACAACAACUGGAAGUUUGCUAAUUCCAAAUGAAAAAGGAACGCUUAAUGUGGAUAAUGGAUUUAUUGAUCUUUUGGCUAAUCAUCUUCUAGAAUUUCAGACUUUGCUUAAACAAAUUAGUUAUCAAACUAAUCCAAAAAUAGAACAGAAAUUAUGGUUGGAUGAAUUUAUUAAUUGGACAAAUUUGAAUACAACAAUGGAAAGUUGCAAACUAUUUGCUGUAAACCAAACUCAACUAUCAACUCCAAUAUCAUUUUCCGGAAAUAUACUUUCACGUUGUUUCCUUCAAUACGGACGUGCAACAUCACUUCCGUCACUUGAUAAAUGGCAACAAAAAGAUAGCGAUGGACCAAUAUUUGAUAACAACGACGUCUUUUUGGCGUAUUUCUUAUCAACACCUAGCAAAUAUAAUUUUUCAACUGUUUUUAAAGAAAUGAAACCAUUUUUCGACUUUAUUGAUAGUAUAAAAGUGGAAGGAAGUGAAAUUUCAGAAUUUAAUGAACCAUUAAUGCUAACAGUAAGUGGUAUAGCAAGAUUGUAUGAUUUAUUGGAACGUAUACUGAAUGGUACUGCUAUUUCGGUAUUUAUUUCAUUGAUAGUUAGUAUGAUGGUUAUCAUUUUUAUCACUUUUAAUGUGAUCUUAUCAAUUUUGGCUAUCAUUUGUAUUGCUACAAUUGUUACUGUAACUGUUGCUAUUGUACUUUGGAUUGGUUGGACAGUUAAUGUUGUUGAAGCAACAAUAAUUGUACUAACAAUUGGUAUGAGUUUUGAUUACUGUCUUCAUUUUGCUGUUGGUUUUCGACUUCAUAAAACCAGUGAUUACAGGUUAUUUUAA